CACGGCGCCAUGUUGAGAGAGAACGGAAGUGAGUGAUUUUUGAUGUGGAAAAAGUGUUUAUGAAGUUCCUAGAAAACAUUGGCAAGAGUGAUGAAAGCCGUUUAAACGCACAGUUAGGGUUGAACUGGAACCAUUUUACUAUUUUGGUUUUCUCGUUUAAGAGAACCCCCCCCCCCCUCAAGAAAUACUUUUUCGAAUCCCACCCUUGACAGUGUCAAGUCACUGAAAGCGCGCCGCAGCGACUGAACUCUUGUCGAAGAUGCCCUUGGCACAGUUUGGAGCAGACCCAUGGCAGAAAAUGGCCUUGGAGAAUUCGGAAAACGAGGUCAUGGAUGACUCAAUGGGGGAGGAUGAAACCGUAUGUAGUGAUGAGGGCUCAGUGAAUGAGAUCAGUAUCACAAACCAUGUUAAAGAGGGCUCUGAAAGGGCUGAUCCUAGGCAGUUUGAGCUCCGCAAGGUACUGGGACAGGGAUCCUUUGGGAAGGUGUUCCUUGUGAAGAAAAUAACAGGGCCUGAUGCUGGACAGCUGUAUGCUAUGAAGGUGCUGAAAAAGGCCACUUUGAAAGUGCGAGAUAGGGUCCGUACCAAGAUGGAGCGAGACAUUCUGGUAGAGGUGAACCAUCCUUUCAUAGUCAGACUACACUACGCAUUCCAGACGGAAGGGAAGCUGUACCUGAUUCUGGACUUCCUCCGAGGUGGAGAUCUAUUCACACGGCUGUCUAAAGAGUCUGUCUACCAGGUGAUGUUCACAGAGGAGGAUGUGAAGUUCUACCUGGCAGAGCUGGCUCUGGCCCUGGACCAUCUGCAUGGCCUGGGAAUCAUCUACAGAGACCUUAAACCUGAGAACAUUCUGUUAGAUGAGGAGGGCCAUAUCAAACUCACUGACUUCGGCCUUAGUAAAGAGUCCAUUGAUCAUGAGAACAAGGCCUACUCUUUCUGUGGAACAGUGGAGUACAUGGCACCAGAGGUCGUGAACCGCCGAGGACACACCCUUAGCGCUGACUGGUGGUCCUACGGCGUGCUCAUGUUUGAGAUGCUGACUGGGACACUGCCUUUCCAAGGGAAGGACCGGAAGGAAACCAUGACCAUGAUACUGAAGGCCAAGUUGGGAAUGCCACAGUUCCUGAGCCAAGACGCCCAAUCUCUCCUACGUAACCUUUUCAAACGCAACCCAGGCAACAGACUAGGUGCUGGUCCAGAUGGAGUGGAAGAGAUCAAGAGACAUUCCUUAUUUUCCACAAUUGACUGGAACAAAUUAUUCAGGAGAGAACUCCAUCCCCCCUUCAAACCUGCGAGUGGCAGACCUGAUGACACCAUCUACUUUGACUCUGAAUUCACUGCAAAAACUCCACGGGACUCUCCCGGCUGUCCCCCGAGUGCCAACACCAACCAGCUGUUUAGAGGCUUCAGCUUCGUGGCCAUCUCAGAUGAGGAGAGUCAACCUCCACAGAACAUUAACAUCAACAUGUCCUCUAUACAGCAACUCCACAGAAACACAGCCCAGUUUAGUGAUGCCUACGAUGUGAAGGAGGACAUUGGUGUGGGCUCUUACUCCAUAUGCAAACGCUGUGUUCAGAAGAGCAACAGUAUGGAUUAUGCUGUAAAGAUCAUCAGUAAGGCCAAGAGGGACACAACAGAAGAGGUGGAGAUUCUUCUGCGCUAUGGACAGCACCCCAACAUCAUCACUCUCAAAGAUGUGUUUGACGAUGGGCGCUCAGUGUACCUGGUGACAGAGCUGAUGAAAGGAGGAGAGCUGCUGGAUAAGAUCCUCAGACAGAAGUUCUUCUCUGAGAGGGAGGCCAGUGCAGUUCUCCACACCAUCACCAAAACUGUGGAGUACCUGCAUGCACAGGGGGUUGUCCAUAGAGAUCUGAAGCCCAGUAACAUACUGUAUGUGGAUGAGUCUGGAAACCCAGAGUCCAUCCGAAUCUGUGACUUUGGCUUCGCCAAACAGCUGAGAGCUGAAAAUGGACUCCUGAUGACUCCCUGCUACACGGCCAACUUUGUCGCCCCCGAGGUCCUGAAGAAACAGGGCUAUGAUGCAGCCUGUGAUAUCUGGAGUCUAGGAGUGCUGCUCUAUACAAUGCUUACUGGGUUCACUCCUUUUGCCAAUGGACCAGAGGAUACUCCCGAAGAGAUCUUGGCUCGGAUCGGCAGUGGAAAGUUCUCUCUGACGGGUGGCUACUGGAAUUCAGUCUCCACAGAGGCCAAGGACCUAGUGUCCAAGAUGCUGCAUGUGGACCCCCACCAGAGGCUAACUGCUGCUCAGGUGCUGCGACACCCUUGGAUAUUACACAAGGACCAGUUGCCCAAGUACCAGCUCAAUAGACAGGAUGCUCCUCAUUUGGUCAAGGGCGCGAUGGCAGCCACUUAUUCUGCUCUGAACAUGCAUGUUCCCCCUGUGCUGGACCCUGUAGGGCGCUCCUCGUUAGCGCAAAGAAGAGGAGUGAAGAAGUUGACCUCUACAGCCCUGUGAUCCACUAGUAUCAAUCUCACCUGUUUAAUGCUACUGCACCAGUGCAUUAGUGUGUUUCGACUCCCGCUGUGUUAGAAGAACAGUGUGUAAGACCAAAAAGAAACGGUAACCCAUUCACUGAGAAAAUGUAUCAUGUAUUUGCUUGUACAAUCAUCACUGCCUUCAGACCAAGAGUUACAAACUCUUGGAAAGGCUGAACUGUAUAUUUUAUGAAAAUGAGAUAUUUACUACAAAAAUAGAAUUAAAUGUAUACGGGUUCCUACAGGUCUGUGUUUUAAACAGAGAUUGUGUUAAGCACUGGGGGAUGAAGGGGUUUGGAAAGGGUUAAAAUGAUGUUUCCCCCAGUUGCAUGGAGCACAGUCAGUCCCCCUUAUUCCAAAUCAACCGCUAAGCCCCUACCCCCUACCUAUGCACUUGUAUAGAUCUGAAAAUAUUCGAUACGUGUAAACAGUCAUAUUUUUAGUUAGGUCAAUUUUUAGAAUGUUAUAUUGUUCUAAUUCCAGACAUUUGGGUACAUAGCAUUGCUUAAAUAUUCCCCAUGUCAUGUUAAAUGGGGAGCUAACCAUAGAAAUAGAAUGAAUGGAACUGACUUGGUGCUCUAACCCUGGCAAUUUGACUGGUUAACGAACUCACCGUAUAGCCCCACAGUGGAGGUGUCAUAACACUCCUAAAACCUAGCAGUUAAACAGGGAAAUGGUUCCAAUUGUUUUUCCACCAUUCAUUUUUCCCAUAUGAUACUUAAUAAGGGCUUUGUUUGGUGAAGGUUUACCCUGGCGUGUCAUUUUGAUGACCAUGUAAAUCUCUGACAAGUUGACUAACCAAUAUAUUUGUCUCCAUUUACUCUGCUUCAAAAAUGCUAAUUAGUGUCCAAGUAGACAACACGCAAGAUUACAAAUACCUGCAAGCUCAUGCACGUGCUGACACCUUUGCUAACAGUUAUUGUGUCAAGACAGUUCACAUAAUUGUCAAUUUAAAUACAUAAUUGUCCAUUUAAAUACAUUUUGCCAAUGUAUUCAUUACUAAAUGUAACUAAAAUGGUUAAUCCAGACAUUAUCUCCUUUGCCUCGAUUUGGCAGUCUCGUCCAGGUCAUCAUGGCAUUUGUAGUUCUUUAUGAUAGCCACGUUCACAGUUAAUUAGCACAUUUUUUUUUGGGGGGGGGGGGUAAAUACAGGCAAAUAUAUUUAUAAGUCACCUUGUCCUAGAGAGAUUUACACCGUUAUCAAAAGCCCUUAUUUUAAGCGUUUCUAAAAUUCCCUAUGGGAAAAAUGAAUGGAGCCAUUUCCUUGUUUGACCCCUAGGUUUUAUUUGGAAUAUUCUAUCAAUAGAUUCUGGAUUGCCAUGGUAAUGUAGAAUGUUCAUUCAAAUUAUGCUAGCUCAGGGGUGUCAAACUUUUUGCAUGGAGGGCCUUGUCUGUCGGUUUUUUGUUUCAAUCAAUCCCUAGACAACCAAGUGUGGGGGGGCCUUACUAAUUUGUGAUCUUAAUUCAUCAAUCAGGUACAAGGGAGGAGCAAGAACACGCAGACACUCGGCCCUCCGUGUAAUGAUUUUGACACUUGUGUGCUAGCUGAUGUGGCUCAUGAAUGUAUUUUUUGUGAUGUCAGUUGAGUUGACUUAACAGAUUGAAGUUUAUACUUCUUGCUUUUACUUUCUGCCAUUGGUCUAGGGAACAAAUAUACAGGUUAAGACAACGUCGUCACAAAUCUGGGAUCAUUGGUGUUCGUUAACUACCAGCGCCAUUGCUAACCAGCACAGCUGGUCCUAUUCUUGCAAAGAGUUAUGGGCUAUUAGAAUCUUGUUUUCUUAACCUUUGUCAUAUUCAACCUAGUCAUAGGUACACUCAAUGGCUGCCAGUCCAGCCAUUAUGCUACCGUUGACUUUAAUGGGGAUGCCUGUUAUAUUCAUUCUAUUUCUAUGGAACUAUUAUGGCUGCCAUGGAAUGUUUUAGUGUCAUGUUUUUGCAUCAUUGCCCAAUUCAGACAUUCAGUUUUAUACAAUUUUCUAUUUUAUUUUUAUAUUCCCCAUGUAGCUAUUGUUAAUAGUGAGCUAACAUGGCUGCCAUAGAAUGUUGAAGUGUCAAUAUAAAAUGCAUUAUGAUGCGGAAACCGCAUUGGCUCAACUUUCUAAAUACAAGGCUCUGGGAAUAAGCAACAUGGAAUUAUUACUAUAUUGCUUAUGUAUUGGGCAAUUAGGGUUUGGACACUGACAAACUCCUUAAUAGUGCAACAGUUUACCAAGGCCCUGUCAGCAAUGGGGGAGAAAAAGUGCUAACCUCCUUCCUCACUCCAGUAUCUGCUGCUGCACUUUCUCUCAGACCUUUGUGUUGGGGCAGGGCCCAGAGGGGUUGGAGUUUUCUUGCUUUACUUAGUCUUUCCAUUUUUUUUGUCCUUCUCAUAAUCAUAAAGGGAAACGUGAACUUGGGAUAUACUUAUAGCAAUUAAGAUUACUUUUCCAGUAUACUUUUAAGAGACCAUUAAGAAUGUAUUUUUGUAUAUUUUCUACUUGGUGUGCAUGAUGGUCACAGAACAGCUUUAGUUAGGGGGGGUUAAGGGAAAGGGAAGGGCUUUCCAAGAAGAUGCUGGGGAAAUGUAACAUGCUAGAUGGAGGGGUGAAUAGAUAGCGUCUUUCCCCUCUGAUUGUUUCCAUGUUUUACAGAUAAAUGUUUCUCAGAUGUGGGCCAGGCAAGUGACUGCAGCUUCAUUUGUAACCUAAAAAAUGAUCAUGAAUACAUCAAAUAAAUAUACAAUCAAGUAAUGCA